AUGGAUAAUUCAAAUAAAUUUAUAAUGCCUAGAUUAAACAAUGAAUUAAAUUGUACUACUGUAGGUGAUGAUAUAUUGCAUACUAAUUUCAUGAAUUCAAUAAAUAAAGGAAAUCAAAAUAUUCGAUUUGAUAUUGAAGAACACAUUGUAAUGAAUGAAUAUAACAAAAUAAUAUCAGAUGAAUCUUCAGAAAGAAUAAUCGAUGAAAAAUCAAGUAAUAAGAAUUAUCCAUCAAACAGUAAUAAGAAUAAGAAUAAUACGAGUGAGGAAAUAUCUUCAAUAAACCAGUCUAAUCUAUUAAAUGUUAAUGAACGUUUAAAAUGCUUAAGACCAUCAUCAUCACAUUUGUCAAAUAAUUCAAAUCCAAAUAUCGCUGAACUAUCUUCAUUCAUGAUAGCCUCUUGGAUUGAAUCUAUUGAAAAUUCAUCAAAAAUAUUACAUUCAAAUUUACCUGAACCUACUUGGAAUAUUCAAACAAAUAAUGAUUCAACUCAAUUAAUUAUAACUAAACCAAUGGAAAAAUUCACUUCUUCAAAAUGUUCAAUAGAUCAACUUCAAUAUGAUCAUGAUCAUGAAGUCAAUCAACAAACUAUUCAUUCAACAGAUUUUAAAUUAAAUACAAAAUCUAAUUCGAAUUUAAAUAAAUUUACUAUUUCAUCUUUAUUGAAUACAGAAAUAAUGGAUAAGACAAAAAUUGGAUCAGAAAUUAUAAAAAAUGAUAAUUAUAUUCAUACAUUUCAAAAAUGUAAUCAGAAACAAGAAACUACAAAAAUGAUAUCUAAUCCUCAAUGUCUUUCAUGA